UCUCGACCGCACGGUCAAGUAAAUUGAAAUACGAAAAAAGAUAAAUUAAAAAUCUAAAGAAGUUUAGGAAACCGAUUUAGGUAGUAUAGUGCAGUUUGGACAUUGGCGAUAUAGCAUCAUUAGACGCCAGGCCUAUAAAAUAAGUCGUCAAGCAAACAAUAAUACUUCAUAAAUAAAUUAUAAAGACAAUAAUUGGAUUUUAUUUAAUUAAUAACAGCAGUGGCAAAUAGCAGAAUAUGGCAAAUCAAGAAUCACAGGUCAUGAGUUUACCGUUGCCGCCAACGCAAUACAUUAAUCUCUUCUCGGAGGAAAAUAUACGUCGGAAUCGCGCUCCUCGACCUCCUCCUCCUAUACAGGACUCGUACAGUAUGUUUGGAAUUCAAUAUAAUAACGAGGAAAUGAUUCGUUCUUUGGAGUCGCAGAAUAUUAAGCGUCUUAUACCGCUUCAUUUUGACCGUCGGAAGGAGCUAAAGAAAUUAAACCACUCGCUAUUUGUAAAUUUUUUAGAUCUAAUUGAUCUGUUGAUUCAAUACCCUGAUAGUCCACGAAGAACAGAAAAGAUAGAUGAUUUGAGUCUGUUGUUUGUCCAUAUGCACCAUUUGUUGAAUGAAUUCCGUCCUCAUCAAGCACGAGAAACGUUAAGAGUAAUGAUGGAAAUGCAAAAACGACAGCGUGUUGAGACUACAACGCGGUUUCAAAAACAUUUGGAACGCGUCAGAGAAAUCGUUAACAACGCUUUUGUGGGAUUGACCGAUGUUUGUAAUAACGAAAACGAUAAUAAUGAAAACAUCAAAAUGGAAGUAGAUCCGGAGGAGUUAAGUGCUAAUUCUCGAAGCGAUCAGCUGGAUCGUAUUAUGUGUAAAAUUGUUGACGGAAUGGAUUAAUAUGUAAGCUUAGCCUCUAAAUAUGUAUAUACAUACAGUGUCGGUCAUAUCUAUAGCACGCCAUUCAAAGUGAUAUUGUGUGCCAUUUACGCUUAUUUAUUUAUUUUUA